AGCAGUACUGAUGUCAGGUUGCUGCUGGAGGUGUGCAUAGAUUCGGUGGAUUCAGCCGUCGCGGCCGUCGCAGGCGGCGCCGACCGCCUCGAGCUCUGCGGUACUCUCGCGGCAGGAGGGGGUGUCAGUCCCAGCUUGGGCCUAUUCAGAGCGGUCAAAAAAGCCGUUCCUCAGAUAUCGAUCAUGGUGAUGAUCCGUCCACGGACGGGAGAUUUUGUAUACUCUUCAGAUGAGCUAGAAGUCAUGACGGAAGACAUUCGUGUCUUCAAGGGGGCCGGUGCGGCCGGGGUCGUCUUUGGCAUUCUAACCCGCGAGGGAGAUAUUGACGUUCGCCGCAGCACACUACUGGCAAACGAAGCCCAGCCAUUGGAGAUAUGUUUUCAUAGGGCAUUUGAUAUGACUAGAGACAUUCAGAAAGCAUUCGAAGACGCGCGCAAGAUCCCACACAUCAGUCGUGUACUCACAAGCGGCCACGAACCGAAAUGCACUUCGCCCGCAGCGCUUGCCAACCUUUCCUCCCUCUUCCGCGCCAUGCACGAGGACGAGCCGCAGCAUCAACCCCACACGCUGUACCGAUUCAACAUCCUUCCCGGGUCGGGCGUGUCGCCGCAUACAGUUCGGAGCGUUCUUCUAGAAUUGCUCCCUCUGGGGCUGAAUCAAAUACACAUGAGCGGAGGCCGAUGGGUACCGGGUGAGGCGCAGUAUCGCAAAGAUGGAAUGGGGAUGGGUGUCGGCGAAGGCGAGUGGGCGGUGUGGCGUACGAAUGAGGAGUAUGUGAGGGAGGUUGUGGAGAUCAUCUCGGCGACUUGUAGAGAAUUCGUGCAGCAGCGGACACAAGGUUGA